AUGAGUUAUACUGAAACCACUAUCCGAAGCUAUCUUGGAUCCUCACUUCAAGGCCCCAACUUCUCCAACCAAACCAAUACCGAGAACGAUAAACAUGUUGCUGAAGAAGAAGCGGACGGAAUCCUAUACGACUUCAUUUCGUUUCUGGCACUUGUUUCCCGCUCAACCUCUUAUACAGACUGGACAUCGAUUGGGAUGAACUUGGUCCACAUCUCCACAAGCAACAUCGCCCUGGCAGAGAGAAAGAGAUACGGUUCUAGUUUUUCAAUCUCUCUGGUUGAUAGGAAAGAUCUUUCUGCAAUGCUACCGCAUGACAUGGCCCAUUUGAACCUCCCUCGGCUGUUAGCAGUGAAGACGCCUAUCCUCAAUUCGCCGUUGGGAGCACGGAGAAAUCGGCACAUCUUUGACUCCAUGACGAGAGAAUAUGAAAUUUUGAAUCAUAAAUCCCUCAAGAAACACGAAAACAUUGUCCGAUUAAUUGGUUGCUGCUGGAGAACCGUUGACAUGGAGUCCGACCUCACAGUUCCCAAUCUUGUGCUUGAGGGUGCUGACCUUGGCGACCUCGAGGACUUUUACCAGCGCCAUGGGGGGACCAUUACCAUGCGCAAGCGGCUUGGACUCUGCAUCGAUGUUGCUACGGGAGUGGAGGCCCUUCAUCUUGCUGGCAUCCUGCACGGGGAUAUCAAGCCCCGAAAUAUCCUGGUCUUUAAAAAUCAAGACCGAGGCUUUAUUGCCAAGAUAGCCGAUUUCGGCUCGUCUAUCCCAUUAUACCAAUCCACAUUUCCCCGAAAGGCAUGUCCUGGAACAAGGCUGUUUGCUGCACCAGAACUGGUUAAUAGCUCAGGAGACCAUAGCAGAGACGAGCUUUUGAAGGCAGAGAUCUAUACCCUAGGGCUUGUCUUCGUGCUCUUGGUCAGGGGGCUCCAUACGCUAGAUAAGCUGCGUUCAGCGAGGUCAGAGGAUGUUGCAAGCCUUAAAGAAGCAGGAGAAUUAGCCGAUUGGAUAUUGCAGGAAGACGAAUAUCGCCUGUUUGAUCCCAUGGCGAGACCUACAUUCGGGAAGCAGGCAAGUGAGCGAGAGCGUCAGCGCGGCAUUUGGCGUUGGUUGGAAACUCAGGAAUAUAACAGAGCUCAUGCCCUGUGGGCACGGGGGAAAGUUCCCAGCUUUGAAAAUGUUUUUGUUGACAAGGACUGGAUUACGUUGGCCAAUGCACGGCUGAAGAGUGAAAAAUCUGAGACGCUGUUUUCAGGUCUUGUUAAUCGCAUCAUGUCGGCGCAGCCGAGCAGGCGACCAGUCGAUGUACAUCAUGUCCUCCAAGACCUGAGGCAGAUUUUGACACUGGAACUACGUGCUCUAUACGACCCGAAUCACCCACACCAGAUGCUAUAUGAAAAACAACUCGCAUCAAGUCGAAGGCGGCUCAACCCGGGGGGUUUGCAUGAGGGCGUUAACAUAUCUUACUUAAAUCUUCAGGAAAUCGACUCUAUCAUUCUGAACCACGUCCUGUCAUACGGGAGGCCACGCUUUGUUCGCGACUUUUACUUCAUAUGGCGAUUUGGGGGUAUCGCCAAGUUUCCAAAGCAACAUCGCCCUCCUACUCGCUCUCGGUGGUUGGGGUUACGACACCAAACUCAAAAAAGAGCCCAGCGUUACAUGGCUCGGCAAAAAUAUGAGGUCAAGGGUUAUAUAAAACUAGUCGUAAAAAAAUGGAGCCGGGAUCACCAGAAAUUCAAAGAGCAAAAAUGGGCAGACACGGGUGAAGUUUUCCAGGCGACCCUAGACGAAAGAUAUACCUCACUCUUGCCAGAAAGUGUUCGAAAUGAAGUUAUCCGGCAACUUCAAUACAUUGCUGAUUCUCCCGGAGAAAUUCAAAGCCGUCGUCUUCUUGCUUGCUUUGAACAUGCACUCAUGACUCUGUGCUACGAUGAUGCCUCCAGAACCGACCCAGAGCUGAUCCCAACAGCUCUUAACUACAUGUUACAUGCUGCAGCUUCGGGGCAUCAGCCGGCUCAGAGUCUCGUCGGUAGAUUAUUUGGUGUAUUUGGCCAUGAACUGCCCAUUGGUCGCGAUACGGAGACUAAAUGGCUAUUCCAGGCCUCUCUACGAGGCAGCCUCACUGCUAUGAAGCGACUCCAGAUGCUGAAUCCCGCUGUACAUCAGCAAGCAGACCGCUUAAUCCGAUUUAAACACAAUGGCUCUUUUGUUGAGGGUGAGGUAUGGAAGGACACAGAAUAUUUGCUCUUUUUAAUCUCAGCUGGCCUGGCAGAUGUCCCGCCAGGCUUCGUACAUAAUCUGGCGGCACACGGCCAGCUGGAGAGUCUUCGAAGACUCUCCCAUCUCCCCCACCAAACUUUCAACACCCAAAAUGGCCUGGGCGAGACACCGCUAGUUGCUGCAUGUCGCUGCGGCCAUGCGAAUAUUGUACAGCUCCUCCUCACGCUCGGUGCAGACCCAUCAAUUGGAACAUUUGGCAAUGUUCAUCCGUUACACUUUCUCAGCGCUUUUCCCGACGAGGAUAUACCUCAGAUCUCAGAUCUUCUUCUACGGCAUGGUGCGGAAUUGGAAAUUUAUUCUCAGAGGGGAAGCGUUUACAAACAAGGAAUUGAUGGCCGAUUCGGUGUAGACGAAGGGACGCCUCUUCUAUGGUCAGUCAUAACAGGCAACGUUGUUGCCAUCCAAGAGUUGCUAAGACAUGGCGCCAAUAUCUUCUCGUACAUACAUCUGCAUGAAUGGGAGAUGACCAGUGAGGUGGUCAUCCACUGUUCUCCGCUCGAAAGUGCAAUCGCCAUGUACAGGUAUAAUAUCGUCAACCUUUUGCUGUCGUCCUGCACAAACAGGGAGGAAUUAUUGCGCGGCUUAAACGAUCUUCGACUAGUAGGCCAAAGGGUCAGAGCCACUCCAUUACUGAUGGCUUUGGAGAAGCAAACUGUCUCACGGCUGAGUCCCAUGUUGCUCCAUGGGCACCUUCGUCAUCAUGCUCAAUUAAGAACGGUCGAGAUGUUGCUUCACUAUGGUUCAGAUCCCCUUCGACUCAGUCAAGAGCAAUCGGGUGAAUCCACUCAUGCAAUCGAAGUUGUCUGUCAGGAUGAUAAUCUUCUUCUUCUCGAUUUUCUCUGGAACUACGAUGGGACCAGACUGCGACCACCCCCAAGACUGUACUUCAAAUGCGUUUUGUUGGCCAUACAAAGAUCGAAGCGGACUAUAUUCGAUUUUCUAUUGUCACAUCAGCACGACAUUGCUCAGGUCACCGAAACUCGCAAAUUGAAACUGGAACUGUUAGAAAAAACAUGCAGUUUGUCUACUGAUACACACUACGUAUCUUCUGUCGUCGAUUCAAUCGUUCAUGGAUUGCCAUUAGCUCCUUCUGCAGCCACAAUCAAACCUGAUUUUACCCAGCCGCUGUUGAUUGCUCUUAUGGCAGGAAAUACUGAAGCUUCCAGAUUACUCUGCCAGUAUGGCCAUUGCAACCUCACUAAGGGGCCAGAUAACCUCUCGAUGCUGGCGAGUGUGAUUGUACUUGAUGCAACGUCCCCUAUCGUCAAGGAUAGAGUCGAUCAUCUGCUGCACUUGGUUUCCUCAUUCUUUCCUCCGGCAUUAAAGAGGAAAUUAUUUUGGAAGUGCGCAUCUUACAAUGCUCAUGGACGGCGUGGCCAACUCACAGCCUUUCAGUUCGUCUUCGCACGCCGAGAAAUCGCGCAUGAUACGACUAUUAUUCCUGCGACAGCGAAUUCAGAAAUUUGGCGCAACCUCCUCCGGGCUUUCAACGAACCGGAUUUCCUCAAUGCUCAGGUUGAUCCCCGGUCUCCUGAUUUCCCCGGUGACACCGCCCUGCACAUGGCCGCACGAGCAGGCUGCAUGAAGGAGAUCAGCGAUAUGCUUGCCGGUCAGUACGGAGGCUCUUUUGAACUCAGCCUUGUCAACAGGCACAAUGAGACUGUUCUGGACGUGUGCAUAGCGCACCAUGAGAUCCUUGUCAAUGAAGUCGAAGACCGACUUAUGCAUUUAGGUACACUGUCUACCGAGGGCGCAUUGUUGAAGAAGAUCAGGGACCUUCAAGCGACUGAUAUUGCCCAGCUUCUCCGCUUGGAAGUUGGUAGUCUAAUUCCGUUCGUCGACGUCCCAUCAGACUAUGGUAAAGUCUUGUCGGAGGAAAUGGAUGAUUUUAUCCAAAAGCUAGAUUAA